CACGAAUUUACGUCUCUCCUUCCCCCUCGUGUCCCCUUUUGCUUCUCCUCCAUCUCUCCCUCCUUUGAACCAGUCAAAUCGAUUUUUAACCUCCUCGUCCUUCUCCCUUUGACUCCUCUUUGAAAUUCUAGUCGCUUUCCCUAUCCAUCGAUUUAGGGUUUUCAAUUUCGUUUCCCCAGCUUUUCUCUCGCUUUCCUCACUUUUUCCCCUUCUUCUUUCGGCUCCUUUUUCCUUUCCCCAAAUAUGACUCCUUUUCCUGUUAGAUUCCGGAAUUACCAUGAUCUGUGCGUUUGAGCAGAUCUCAAUCUCAUAAUUAUCCUCGGAUAUAUAUAUAUAUAUAUAUUAUUUCUUUGCUGUUGUGCUUGGAUCGCCUAGGGUUCUCUAGUGUUAACCAUGGUGGGUACUCAAAGCUUGGAAACUCUAAAAAGCUAUGGAAUCACGAAGCCUCUUUCUGUUGCUGGCCCUUCCGCGGCUGAUUUGAAGCGUAAUUUGGAGCUGGAGAAGUUUCUGAUUGAUGAGGGGCUUUACGAGAGCAAGGAAGAAACCAUGAGGAGAGAGGAAGUUUUGGGGCGCAUUGAUCAGAUUGUUAAACACUGGGUGAAAGAGUUAACUCGUCAGAGAGGAUAUACAGAUCACAUGGUGGAGGAUGCAAAUGCUGUCAUAUUCACAUUUGGAUCUUACCGCCUUGGAGUACACGGACCUGGGGCUGAUAUUGAUACUUUGUGUGUUGGCCCAUCUUACGUUAACCGAGAGGAGGAUUUCUUCAUCAUUUUGCGUGAUAUAUUGGCUGAGAUGGAAGAAGUGACUGAGCUUCAACCUGUUACUGAUGCCCAUGUCCCAGUCAUGAAGUUUAAGUUCCAAGGAAUAUCAAUUGAUCUUCUGUAUGCUAGCAUAUCACUUCUAGUCGUGCCUCAGGAUCUGGAUAUCUCCAGCUCUUCUGUGCUGUGUGAUGUCGAUGAGCAAACUGUCCGCAGUCUUAAUGGUUGUAGAGUUGCUGAUCAGAUUCUUAAACUCGUUCCAAAUUUUGAGGAGAUCGAGUUGAAGAAACAACACUGGAGCUCCUUAUUUGAGCAAUAUAUGUUCUUCGAGGCAUAUAAAAACUACCUUCAGGUUGAUGUACUAGCAGUAGAUGCAGAAGAUUUACUGGCUUGGAAGGGUUGGGUGGAGUCACGGUUCAGGCAGCUGACCUUGAAGAUAGAACGAGACACAAAUGGGAUGUUAAUGUGCCAUCCUCAACCAAAUGAGUAUGUGGACACUUCCAAGCAGUUUCGACAUUGUGCCUUUUUCAUGGGCUUGCAGAGGGCAGAAGGAGUUGGUGGCCAAGAAUGUCAACAGUUUGAUAUACGUGGAACGGUGGAUGAGUUCAGGCAAGAGGUAAACAUGUAUAUGUUUUGGAGACCUGGGAUGGACGUGUUUGUUUCUCACGUUCGUAGGCGGCAGCUUCCACCUUUUGUUUUUCCAAACGGAUAUAAAAGGCCUCGGCAAUCCAGGCAUCAGAAUCAACAAUCCGGAGAAGCUGGUGAGCCCGUUGAAUCUUUUUCCGCCAAUGCUGAGAGACAUGCAAAGAGAAAGAACGACAAUGAAAUGAUGGAUACCAAGCCCGAGAAACCUGAGAAGCGUGCAUCUCUUAGUCCACAUAGUGUAGAUGCAACUUCUCCUGACAGUAGUGCUAUCACAAUUGGUGGGACUCCUCCGAUUGGCAUUGUGUCAGGUCCUACAGCCGAAUGCUUAGUAACUAGUGAUCUUGGUUGUACCACCAUUCCUUAUGUGGAAGCUGGAGCCGAAAAUUUUGUCAGUAAAAGCACUGAAAUCAUAAGAUUUUCUCAAAAUGUGCAUAACUCUGGUAGCGAGCAAAUCCUGGAAGGAGAUUAUAGGGCUCUAGUUCAAGGCUGUCAUGACCUGGCUGAGCCUGUAGGAAAGGAUGUGAGACCUGAUCCUAGUGUUGUGGUAGCAUGUGAAGGUGGGCAGAAUGAAGAAACAGGUCAUGGUGUAGGCCCUGAAUCCAUCAAUGAUACUGAUACAAAACAUCGACUUGAUCGGAAAGAGGACGUCGAUGAAGUUGAGAGAGAAUCUAGGUCGGGAGAAUUUGCUGAUUGUGUGUUGCGGAAUGGAUACUGUGUGAGGAACCUUGAUCAUGAGGGUUUUUUGACAGCUGCAAGUUUGGAUUCAGCUGUGGAACAUAGAAACUUUCAAAAGUGGUUUGUCAGAAGAACUUCAGUGCGGCACUGCUUUAUUUCAAACCCUUUGCUCAGCGGGAUGGGGAGGCCUGAAGACGGAGCUAGGUCAGAAUCUUUGCAGAAUGCACUGAUGAGGCAUCAGCAGCAGGUUGAGCUUGAAGUCCAUAGUGUGAGCGAGGUAUCUCAGCAAUUGUAAUGAGAGCCUGCAAGUCAAGAAAAAGGAAAAAAAAAAGAUGAAAAGUCAAAAACAAAUAAGACGAAUCAGAGCACCCUGGUGUUUGCUUUGAACGACAGCUUCAAGAACUCGGCACUAGUGCCAAACUCUAAGAAGAGUGAGCUUGGAUAACGAGUUUGGGACGCAAAAGCCCAUAUACGUUGUUCGAUACUGUGCACAACGAAGUUGGGAGAGAGAGGUGGAGUAUGUGCUUGUUCAAUGCUUUUUGUCUGAGAGUUGCAAAUUUCAGAGACGAGAUCGGUGAGCCAUGGAAGAAGGCAAGUGAAUUAUAUGUUUCUGCCUUUUUUUUGUAUUUUAUUUGCUUUCGGAUCUUUCAAUGUUAUAUGAUUCUGUGCAUAAAAAUGUCUCCUUCUUUCUUGUUUCUGCUCACUUCUUUUAUAAAGACCAUUAUUACUAAUCACCAAAAUGUCAUCUGAAUAUGUCUUCUGGUUUAUGCGACUAUGCGACUAUGGUGAUGAACGAGUUCUUACU